GGCUUCUGGCAUGUGCCCGUGCUCCUGGAGACCCGCUCGCCUUCCAGCACAGGUAUGCUCGUCCCGCUGACGUCCAAGGUCUCUUGCAGUGUGUUUCAUCUGUGGCCUUGGGGGCCUCAAACGGCUUGCAAGAUGCAGGCCAUUUGAGGCCGACGCUCUGGCGCGUUGCCCAGCUUUCCUGGGGCCGCUAUGUGCGCUACGUGCCCAUCCACCCGUCGAAGGGCCGGACGUCCAAGCCCGUGCUGCGAAUUGCCGAGUGGUCCCGAGGUUCUCGGCGACCAUGGAGGAUCCAAAGUCGAUCUUCCACAAGCGACCCCAAAGGUUUGCCCUUGCCUUUUGACUGCAAGAGCACCAUGCGGGAACCGCUACUGAUCGUUUUAUCUGUUACUUCACCGUACCCGGACUCACCUGCCAAAAGGCAGAUGCUCAAGGACCUGUGGUCGUGUGCCACCUUGCUGACGGCGCUUGGCCCCUCUCGGGCCACAGCAGAGGUGCGGCGGCAGAUUGCGCAGCAAAAAUGGAAGUGGACAGAGCUUGCCCGGUUUGAAGGACGGCAGGCAACCUGGUCUCGCAGUGAUGUGCCGGUCACGGGCUGGUCUUUGCUUUGGCGAAGUGAGGAGCCGACGCUACGCGGGCCGGAGCUGUACUGCCAAUACCAGGACCACUUGCAGCCUGCCUUGACACUCCAUUUCCUGCAGUCUCCUUGCGAAAAGUGCUGCGUGGGCUCUGCGAAAGCCGCUAAAGAGGUCACAACAGGCCGAGCAGGAGAAGAAAUCAAACUCGAGGAGGGCACGUGGCGAUGCGGACAGGAGAAUCCUGCGUGCAUAGAAGACUUUCGCAGGCUACUGUCCUGCCAAAAAAUCCGAGAGGAGGACAUGGGCAGCGUGGAUUGGCUGAGCCUGCGCGACCAAAUGCGGAGAGCCCUGGUGUAUGCACGAGAAGGUCUUGUUGAAGGCUUUCGUGACGGCUUGCAUGGGCAACUGCACAAGAUCGCCUUCGAAGCCCAGUUUGGGGACUUCAUGCUCUUGGACAUGGGGAGGAAGGAUUGGGUCCGAAGAUUUCGCGAUCUUUACUCGCUGCAUCUCACCGACAGCAAGAAGGCACCCAGCUGCCUGCUUGGACAGGUCAGUCUUCAGCUUUUUCUGCUGUUUUUCACCGACGGCCGGAGCCAUGCAAUGUGGUUUCAGGACGGGAAGCACGGCGCGCCUACAGGCAAGCAUGCCAUCCAUGAGAUCGAGACUCUGGAGGAGAUUCCUUUGUGCUUCUCAGACACUGCGGAGCAGGAUGUUUGGAAUUUGCCGAGCAUCAUCACCAGCCGCCUUCGCCUGCUGAAGGCACUGCGAUGGACGAACCUCGUGGAGAGUGGCUGGCCAAUUUUCAAGAUCCUCUCUCUGGUGACUUUCCAUGGGUGCCGCAAGAAGCACCGGCAGUGCCGCACCAGGUGUUCGGAGGCCUGGAUAAAUCGCCUCAUGGUCCUCCUCGAGGAUGAGGCUAAAGAGUUCAGUGUUCGGGUAGUUCAGUUCGAGCUUCGCAGCGGCUGGGAAGCCCGGGCGGUGCCCAUGGCUUUGCGCCGACUGCUCGCGCUGGGCCCGGCGCUGCCUCUUGCAAGGGACCCGAAGUCAGAGGAGUAUGCAACUAUCAUUCUACACGACACGCCACCGCUUGCUUUGACCAUGGGAGUUUUCUUGCUCAUGCACUGGCGGGCGCAGAAGGCCCUCCAGCUUCAAAUCGAAAGGCUGUUGGCCGGAGACCGGAUCCUGACACCAGGGCACACGUUGAAGGAGGAGCAGGUUGCAGAUGGGACCGUGCUCACUGCCGUCAUCCGACCAGACAGGCUCUUCUCCUGCAGAUGGUCCUCUGCCUUCACCCUCGUGCGCAGCGAUGGGUCGGUGGUGACCUGGGGCGACCCAGACAGGGGUGGAGAUUCGUCCCGCGUUCAGGCCCAGCUACAAGACAUUGACACGGUCCUUGGUGCGGAAUACACCCAAGCUGCACUCCUUUUGGAUGGCACUGUGGUGAUGUGGGGCUCUUCAGGCUGGCAUGGGGAGCACGAAAGCCUGCAGCAGGUCCGAAAACUGGAGGUGUUUCCACAUGGUCUUGCUGCAAUCAAGUUUGACUCCAGUGUGAUCUUAUUGGGUCGCACACGCAGUAUGGCAGCCCCACCACCGCUCAGCAACGUUCGACAGAUUGCUGCUUGCCAGGGUUCGAUGUCCGGUGCAUAUGCUGCUGUUCUCCACGAUGGACGCGUCAGAACUUGGGGUUGCCCUAAGCUGGGUGGCAGCAGCUCUGAAGUUGAAUCUGAGCUCUAUUGUGUUCGAGAGAUCAAAGCUUGCAGUAGCACAUUUGCAGGUGCUUUCGCGGCUAUCCGCGAGGAUGGUAGGGUGAUUACUUGGGGCUCGAGAACCUAUGGAGGCGACAGCACUGCCGUUCGGGAACAACUUAACGAUGUGACAGAUGUUGUUUCAACAUGCUUUGCGUUCGCGGCUGUCAAGACAGACGGCAACGUCGUCUGCUGGGGUGCGCCGGAGUUUGGAGGAGAUUGUGUGAGCGUACAGGAGGAGCUGCAUGGCGUGAAGUCUGUGUGCGCAACUUCCGGAGCUUUUGCUGCACUCUGCAGAGACGGAAGUGUAUCAACGUGGGGGUGCCAGCAGUUUGGGGGAGACUGCUCUGGUGUGAAAGCAAAGCUUUCUACAGUGCGGGACGUUGUCGCUUCAGGGGCCGCCUUCGCUGCUCUUCGGUCUGACGGAACUGUGGUGACCUGGGGCCAUGUUCCUGCUGGUGGCGACAGCAGUUCUGCUCAAGCACGCUUGACCAAUGUCCGGCAGAUCGUCGCCUCGGCUUACGCCUUUGCUGCUUUGCGAAGCGAUGGUGAGGUCGUGACUUGGGGCCAAAAGGACUGGGGAGGCGCGCUGGCCUGCAACUGGGAAGAGUGGAUUGUGGAUCCGCGUCUGGCUACAUGGACCUUGACAGGCUUAGCCAAGAAGCGGCGCCUGCAGACGGCUUUACUCGUCCUGCAGUCUAUGCGACACGGGCUGCUGGAAGUCAACAUUUUUCAUGUUACAGCCGUGAUGAGUGCUGGCAGGGCUACCCAUCGCUGGGCCACCGCGUUGUUUUCCCUCCGGCACUGGUGCGACAGAGGUCUCGCUGCCAACACAGUUGCUCGAAAUGCUGCUGUUGCAGCAGCUGCCUUGGGCGACUGGCGGUUUGCCCAGGCAUUGGCAUCGGAGGCGUGCAAGCAAGGUUUGGUGGACCAUGUCACCCUGGGUUCUGCCAUGGCCGCUUUGAGCUGGACGAAGGCCCUGUCGCUGUUGGCGCAGAGCCUGGUUCUCUUGCGAAAGCCGCUGGAUCCAAUCUGUCUCCGAACAGCCAUGACCUCUUGCGAGAAAUCGAGCGGCUGGGAACAGACGCUUCACAUUUUCAGACACUUUCAUGGAAGGCCUGGUGACAUUGGUGCUGCGAGCUUCAACCCGGCCAUCUCAGCAUGCGAGAAGGGUCUGCAGUGGCAGCUCUCUUUUCGCAUCUUGGGAAUGGCGGGGGAAUGUCGGUGGAAACCCAGCGAUGUGAGCUGGGCAGCUGUCGCCAGCGCCUGUGAGAAGGCUGGUCCCUGGCAGCGUGCGCUCCACAUCCUUGGCGCCUCGCAGCGAAGCGGCCUAUGGCUGUUCAGCUCAGCGAUGAGUGCAUGCAUCCACGCAGGAGUCCAGUCUUGGUGCCGGGCCCUGCAGCUUCUGCGCUAUUGUAUAGAUGCGGAGAUGCAGCCUUCAACAGUCUCGUACUCCGCGGUUUUAGAAGUUUGCCGGCGGACAGGCUCCUGGCGGAGCGUGUCGCAGCUACUGCGAGCCAUGGGUACUCAGCGACUGCCGAGUUCCGUCAUUGCUUUGAACACCGCUAUGCUGGCAUGCCUUCGCCCGGGGCUCUCUGAACAAGUCCUGCGCCUUUUUGGUGAUCUGAAGCGGCAGAGUCUGCAGCCAACAUCCCUCACUUUGAGUCACGUGGCAGAUGCCCUGUCACAUUCUCCGACCGAAACAGUGCCACUGCUGGUUCGCCUGCGCGACGACUUCAUGUCCGAUGCCAGAGCUCGGCUCCGCGAGUGGCGAAAAGUCGGUAGUGAAGUUGAACGAACAGUUUGGUGGGCGCUACGGUGUCCAGCCAUGGCGGUGCGAGCGCUGGUGGGCGCGCUUCUCCUGCAGCAAAGCGUCGCCAUCCAGAUGCACGAGCAUGAAGAUCACCACAAGUCUGGAGCGCAUCGUCCGACCUGCAAGCAAGCAUGCCUUCCGAAUUGCCCGGCAUCUUCCCGAACCGGCGUGCCUUGCAUGCCUGUGGCCGACACGUGGCCGUACAAGAGCAACGAGUCCUGGCGUGUCGAACUGGGAGAGAGGAUCUUGAUGGCAGCCCAUCCAAACCAGGAAGCCACCGAAAGUGCAUGCGGCGGCUUCAAGUUGUUCGGUGACUCGGCUUGGUGCCUGGCUGCCUUCAAGGGUGAUUACGGCAAGCUGGGCCUUUCCUUUGGGAUUGAGGAGCGGGACCUCUGGAGCGAGACCAUGAGCAAUGACUUUCACAUGCCGACGAAACUCUACGACUGCUUCCAGAAUCCCAAGUCUUCGCCCGCUUUGGCGAUGAUCGCUCCGAAUGCAAAGGGCUCAUGUGCGGGAAAUCCGCACCACUGCUACGAGACCCACUACGAGGCUUUCCGGGUCUGCCUUGGCCCCAAGCACGAAACAGUCAACCAGCGGCAGUACACUUCGCUGGCCGAGUUGCUCGGCGGGCGUGGUGAGAUGUCGACGCAUCUCAAGAUUGAUGUCGAGGGUUCUGAGUGGUCCGUCCUAGAAGAUCUCCUCAAGAGCGAGGAGGAUAUGAAGAAGAUCCGUACGCUGGACAUGGAAGUUCACUUCGGCUUCGGUGCAGCAUCUGAAGCUGCACACAACAAAGGAAGCAAGAAGGAGCAGCUUCAGCGGGAAGUGGGGAUCUUUGAGCAGCUGGCAUCCCACUUUGCAGUUACUGGAACCAACAUCGAGACCAACGCUGAUGGUUGGCAGCCAGCGCAGAGCUGCCCGAAGCAGCAGUGUGAAGAACCCUUCGUGCACACUGCCGGCGGUGUUCCUGUGAACCAGUUUGCCAUCAGCUUCGUGAACCAUGCGCACCUCAGGCGGGGAAUCCCGAGCCCUGAUGCAAUCGCUGCUGCACACCACAGCCUUGCAGCGGACCAUGCGGAGGACCACAUGGAGGACCACGCGGAGGCAGAUGCUCAGGACCACAUGGAGGACCACGCAGAGGCUGAUGCCGAGGACCACAUGGAGGACCACGCGGAGGCAGAUGCCGAGGACCACAUGGAGGACCACGCAGAGGCAGAUGCCGAGGACCACAUGGAGGACCACGCGGAGGCAGAUGCCGAGGCCGAGGACCACGUGGAGGACCACGCAAAGGCAGAUGUGGAGGAUCACGCCCAAGUAGAUGCCGAAGACCAUGUGGAGGACCAUGCUGCUGACCACAUGCAGGAUCAUGCUGAGGAACACUCCGGUGACCACGCCGACGACGAAGAGGACACUGCAGCCAGUGCAUAG